AUGAAACCACCCACAAGCACUCCACGACGCACCAUGGUGACACCUAAAACGGCUUCGACUAACAUAGACAGUCCAGCAACUCCACGCGCUCAGCGACGUCCAUUCGGCGAUACGUCUGAUGAUCACGCGUCUGAUGGGGAUUUCAACGCAUCAUCGGCCAGUUCAGAUGACAGUGACGACUCGAUUUCAACCGAGACCUCUACAACCAGUAGCCUUGCAUCAGAUCUAUCUUCUAUCAGUGAUGAUGACGUGUACAGACCAUGGGCCGGAAAGCCACGCGGUUUGGGUCGUUCACGUUCCACCUUUAUCGGGACCACACCGAAACGAGGGUUCUCUAAACCGGAGCGGAGUACGCCGUCGGCCACACCAAAACGCAGUAUAGUGCCCCGACGAACGGUCAGCGUUCAACCCAGUGUGGGACGAAGUGUAGCCGAUUCAGAUCGCACAAUCCACGGCUGUCUACCAGAACGUGAAAACGAGUUUGACGAUAUUUACACAUUUAUCGCGGGUAAACUGAUGGACCGAACUGUAAUGAAUAAAUCUUUGUUUAUUCUGCCCCAUCUACAUCUGGCACUGCUCACCCUCAUCGAUUCCAGGUGUAUGUACAUAUCCGGUUUACCGGGGACCGGGAAAACAGCCUCGGUCAAUGCGGUUCUGGCCGCCAUGUCUGACCCCGCAGCCGGUGGAAAUCCAACCGCUUUUCGGAAAAUUGUGGUCAACGGAAUGCAAGUGAACGAUCCACAACAAGUUUACGUGCAAAUCUUGCACAAACUGACGGGGAAACUGACAUCAGCCAAGCACGCCUGUCAACAGCUUGAGCGCGAAUUCUGUGGCACUGGCGGUCGAACCAAAUCCCGACCAGAUGACAUCCAACCGGUCAUUCUGGUUAUUGAUGAACUCGAUUUGUUGUGCACUCGACGUCAGGAUGUGUUGUACAAUCUGUUUGAUUGGCCCUCACGUUCAUCCCGCGGUCGAUGGCCACUGAUUGUGCUGGCCAUUGCAAACACAAUGGAUUUGCCGGAACGAUUGUUACAUCCGCGAGUGGCCAGUCGUCUGGGGAUGACUCGUUUGACAUUUGCGCCGUAUUCGCACGAACAACUGGUUCAUAUUAUCCGUACUCGUUUGGCGGGGACAGUACGGGCAGUGUUUCAAGAAAAGGCAAUUGAAUUGGCCUCCCGAAAAGUGGCUGCGGUCUCCGGAGAUGUACGUCGUGUGUUGGACAUUUGUCGACGCGCAGCGGAAAUCGCCUCGUCCAAAACCAAAUCAUCGGAUUCAGUGUCCGUAUCCAUGGAACACAUUAAUGCUGCUUUGCGCGAGAUGUUCACCACACCGAAACUAACAGCGAUUCGUGCCUGUUCAGUCUAUGAGAAAUUGUUUUUACGUGCUCUGGCCGCAGAAUUCCAAGCCCGUUCGGCCGAGGAAGCGCGUUUGGAUCGUUGCAUACAACAGAUGUGUGCGCUUUGCCGGUUAGAAGGUGAGUGGAUUCCACUGACUCGGGUGUUAAAAAGCCCUGGCUGA